CUUCCGGCAUACCUACAGAAACUCACGGAUACAAUCAACAUGGAUUUCAUCUUUCAUGAGAAACAGGAAGGUUUCCUGUGUGCUCAGCACUGUCUGAACAAUCUAUUGCAAGGAGAAUAUUUUAGCCCUGUGGAAUUAGCCUCAAUUGCACAUCAGCUAGAUGAAGAAGAGAGGAUGAGAAUGGCAGAAGGAGGAGUCACCAGUGAAGAGUAUCUCGCAUUUUUACAGCAGCCUUCAGAAAACAUGGAUGAUACCGGUUUCUUCUCCAUUCAGGUAAUAAGCAAUGCCUUGAAGUUCUGGGGUUUAGAGAUCAUCCAUUUCAAUAAUCCUGAAUAUCAGAAGCUCAGCAUUGAUCCUAUAAAUGAAAGAUCUUUUAUAUGUAAUUAUAAACAACACUGGUUUACUAUUAGAAAAUUCGGAAAACACUGGUUUAACUUGAAUUCUCUCUUGGCGGGUCCAGAAUUAAUAUCAGAUACAUGCCUUGCAAAUUUCUUGGCUCGAUUACAACAAGAAGCAUAUUCUGUAUUUGUUGUCAAGGGUGAUCUGCCAGACUGUGAAGCUGACCAACUCCUGCAGAUCAUCAGUGUCGAAGAGAUGGAUACACCAAAACUUAAUGGAAAAAAAUUAGUAAAAGAAAAAGAGCAUAGAGUCUAUAAAACAGUCCUUGAAAAAGUAUCAGAAGAAAGUGAUGAGUCUGGAACAUCAGACCAAGAUGAGGAGGAUUUUCAGAGGGCCCUUGAACUAAGCCGCCAAGAAACCAAUAGAGAAGAUGAAGCUCUCCGCAGGGCUAUUGAGCUAAGCAUGCAAGGUAGUUCCGGAAACACAUCGCAAGAUCUUCCAAAGACAUCAUGUGUAACUCCUGCUUCAGAACAGCCGAAGAAAAUAAAAGAAGACUAUUUUGAAAAGCAUCAGCAGGAACAGAAGCAGCAGCAACAACAGUCAGAUCUGCCAGGCCACAGUUCAUAUCUACACGAAAGGCCAACAACAAGUUCGAGAGCAAUUGAGAGUGAUCUCAGUGAUGACAUCAAUGAAGACACAGUAUAGGCCGCUGUCGACACCGUUUUAGAAAUUAUGAGAAAGAAUUUGAAAAUCAAAGGGGAAAAAUAAUGCCUUUAAAAAUAAUUUAGAUAGUCAUACUUUCCAACAUUAUCCUGUGUGAUUAUACUGUAGGAUCCAUUUUGGUCAUCUGUCAAAGAGAUGAGGAAAUAAGGCUUUUAGACAGGUUGCAAAUAAAAUGACGCGAGAGAUGUGGGACUAAAUAAUGAUCGUUCAACUACUAGCC